ACCCGGCACCCCGAUCCGCACCCCCACGGACUCCAGCCGCGGGGUCCACGUGGACCCUGGGCCGCGGCGGGACGGGAGCCAGUUCCCCGCGCGUGGGGGAGGGGGCGCUGCAAACCGGUUCCCCUUUUUCUGCAGCUCAAAGCCUGGGGAAGUGAUUGCUCAAAGGGGAGGGGGGGGCCGGAAGAACCCAGGUUUCCGCGUCUCCCGCCCCCCGCCCAGCCUGUUGGGGAGGGGCCGAGGCGGGACACCCUGUCCGUCCCCACCCCUGCCCCCUUGGAUCUGGCAGCCACUCACCCUGCGAGGCGCAGGGGAGGCACUGCGCCCCCGGCCCCAGCUGAUCUGGGGCUCCCGGCGCCGGCCUCCCUCCAGAACGCCGCAGGAGUACCUCCUGCCGUCUGACUUGAGUCCCGGCUGCUGCAGUGCACGCCCCUUCGGCAGCCAGGGUGGGGCCCAGAGGGAACCUGGCUUCUCCCGCCCCCACCUCGCCUUUGGGUCGAUGACUCUCAGGCUGUGGUGAGGGUCCCGGAGCCAGCACCACGGAGCCGGGGCGGCCUCCACCACCCACCCAUGCCCACCCCGCAUGAGACUGAGAAGCAGCACAUAGGGCCAGAGGAGGCAGACCAGCCCCCCUCGAUGUCCAGUCAUGACGCGGCCCCCCCGGCUGCCCCCAGCCGCAACCCCUGCUGCUUGUGCUGGUGUUGCUGUUGCGGCUGUUCCUGGAACGAAGAGCGGCGGCGAGCGUGGCGGGCCUCCCGGGAGAACAAGCUGCAGCCCCUCCCCAGCUGCGAGGCGUGCGCCACGCCAAGCCCGGAGGAGGUGCGGAGCUGGGCGCAGUCGUUCGACAAGCUGAUGCACAGCCCGGCGGGCCGAAGCGUGUUCCGGGAGUUCCUGCGCACCGAGUACAGCGAGGAGAACAUGCUCUUCUGGCUGGCCUGCGAGGAGCUCAAGGCCGAGGCCAACCAGCACGUGGUGGAUGAGAAAGCCAGGCUCAUCUAUGAGGACUACGUGUCCAUCCUGUCCCCCAAGGAGGUGAGCCUGGACUCCCGAGUGCGGGAAGGCAUUAACAAGAAGAUGCAGGAGCCUUCGGCGCACACAUUCGACGAUGCGCAGCUGCAGAUCUACACCCUCAUGCACCGGGACUCCUACCCGCGCUUCCUCAGCUCCCCCACCUACCGUGCCCUGCUGUUCCAGGGAAGCUCCCAGUCCUCCAACGAGGCCUAGGCUGCCCACCACAGCGGCACAGACGUGGGACCCCUCUGGUGGGCACAGACUCGGUUACCGGCACCAGUGUGCGUCCGCGGAUGUCCGGCACACCAGCGGGGCCCAGCACCCCUGAGGGCAGUCCCAGACAGGAGCCCCUCUCUACCCCGGGGACCUGGGACCCGGAGGUCCUGCUGAGGGGAGGCGAGAGGGCCUCUUGACAGCAGGCAGUCUCUCCCCAAAAAGCUCCCCACGGGGCUCCUGCGUGGGGAGAGGGAGACCUCCCACGGGGUCUGGUGGACCCACCGGCCUCACUUAGGCCUCCUCCCCAAGCAGCCAGGGACCUUGAGAAAUGCCUUUGGUGGGCAGUAGAGCCUCUGUGUGUCUAGUUGUGACAGGAGGAGACAGACCCUCUAAUUCAAGCUGUCUGCGCCCGGAUCAGACCCAGAACCUCAGAACUAGGCUCAAGGCAACAGGAGCCAGUUUCUUUUUUAUAUUUCCAUUAAUUUUAAACCUGGAAACAUGUCCUUACUGUAUUUUAUCAAAAAAAUGAAAAAGAUGUUUUCAUAUUUAUCUCCAUUCCUUCUCCAUCCAAAAUAGGAUCUUUUAUUGAAGAUAUUUUUAAAGCAAAA